CUUCGCCUCUCGCUCUCAGUCAGCGCCAGUGUCGGAGAACGCAGGACGUCGAACGCACGCCGCUCUCUCCUCUCAAGCAACACUCGGCGAAAAUACUACGAACGACAUACACACACUCACACACACACACUCGCGGUGGACUCUGGGCAAUCACACACAUUAACGAAACACACGAUGAGCGCUGAACUGCACUUGGACCGGUUUGCGAGCCAAGAAUUCGGCAGGACGUGACCUUCAGUAGGAUCGAACAAUCAAAAAGACAAAUGUUCCGAACGUCGGUUGCCGGGCUAUUGCUGGUGGCGGCCGCGGUGGCCGUGGCGUCGCCGCCGUGUCCCAAGGGCCACGGCUUCUGGGACACGAACCGGCAGGAGUGCGCGCAGUGCAAGGUGUGCUCGCACAACGAGGUGGUGCUGAUGCCCUGCCAGCCCUACAAGGACACCCUGUGCGGGCCCAUGUCGGCGCUCAACAUCAAGUGGCCGUGGCGGCAGCCGGCGGCCGCCAACCCCGGCCGGCCCUCGACCUCUACGUCGACCACGACGUCGACAACGACGACGACGACGACGGCGGCACCGCCGACGCGGCUGUACAUCUUCAGCACGCGCAAGAUGCGGCCGCUGUCGCGCAGGGUGACCACCGUGCUGACGACGGCCGCCUCGACGGCCGCCCCGAGCACCUCGUCCACCACCGAGGAGGCCACGGAGCCGGCCACCACGACGCCGGUCCCCUCAUUGCCCCCGUCGCCCCCGCCGCCUUCGCCCCCGAGCACCACCGAGGCCGCCUCGUCAACGACGGAGGCCGCCUCGUCAACGACGGAGGCCCCCUCGUCGACGACCGAGGCGCCGACCACCAAGGUGUCGGCGCAGCCCUUCCUGCAGACCGAGACGACCCUCGAGUGGGACUGGCAGGCCCUGGCGCUCGCCAUCAUCAUCGCCGCCUUCGUCGUGCUGCUCGUCGUCUUCGCCGUCUACGCGGCCGUACACGCGCGAAGGGCUACGAACCGACGCAGACGAGUCCAGAAAGAGCUGGACGCGGCCCAGUUGAGCCUCUUCCCAGUGACCAGUGGCCACGAUGCAGAACUGCAGACUCUCAGCUCGCCGUCGUCGCCCAAGGGCAUGUUUAAAGCGAACCAAUGCCUCUACUUGGAGAAACUGCUCGAGCAAAAACAGACCAGGAGGGCAAACAUAUACGUUGAAACAGGGCGACAGGCGACGCCGGCGCCGGCCCGCAGAUCGUCGAGAUGGAAAGAGAAGCCGACGGCGGCGAGGACACCUUGCUGACCGCCGCGCAGGAAGAGUUAAAGAUUAAUGCAACCGACGUACAAAUCUCAGCGUGCCCUCUGUUAGACGAUUAAGACGCAAGAAAAAUAGCUUUUCUUGGUACAAAACACAAGAUGCUGUCAUUAGCUGGUAGUUUGGAAACACAAGUGAGUCUGAGUGCGAGUAAUAUGUAUACAAAUGAUACGAACAAAUAAAAUUCGAGUGACUGCCAAACGUCGAA